AUGAGCGUUGGCCACCAGCUCAAUGGGACCACGUCCAGGUCUGCCUCGAAAAGCAACAUCAGUGAUACAUCCAGCCAGAGCGAUCAGAAGUACCAGCCUCCUUUUGUGUCUCCCCAUGAUCUUGAGGAUGAUGUACACCAAUAUGACCACUCCGGCCACGAACUUAGAGCCUGGCUUUCCAGCUUUGGCGACCUUGAUCAUCGAAGUGACGGGACUAGGACGGAUGUUUCCCGCCGGUUUAGACUUGACGAGUAUCAUUAUCCACUAGAAGAGCCUUACUCAAUGCUCCCGAUGCUGGCGAGUCAAUUGAGACUGUGGUUCGAUACUCGGGUGUCAAAUGCUCAGGAAAGAAGUGACGUUGUCUGGUUGCUACACUACAUUUCAGACUAUAUCGAGCUUGGUCAUGUCAGCCUGGAUGCUGACGAGGUUUGUGGACUCUGCACUCAACUACUGUACGUUUGCUACGAGGCAAGGUACCCCCAACAAAUUGAAGGCUGCUUGGCUAUCUUUCUAUCAAUCGCUAAAGCUGGCCACUUUCCACGCAAAUGCCUCAAGGAAGUCCUCGCUGCUUUGUCAUCCGCGGUAGUCAUCUUGGAAAAGCCACUGGCACGACUGCCCGAGUGCGUUCAAAUCCUUGCGUCCGGGCCCCUUGCAAAGGAUACCAUUUUCGCGCUGUAUUCGCAAAUGUUGGCCGUAACUAGGAACCACGACGAAGAGGAAGAUUCACGAAACACCGAUAUGUCCCGAAAGCUGGCAUCUGCUCGCGGUGCAGCUCGGCACUUGAGCAGACUUCUUGAGGUUACAGUACCGGAAGGAGGGCAUAUAAUCGAUGUUCCACAACUCCUCCAAACAAUCAGGCAAAUGGCCGAAGCGAAGUUCAUACGCCUAGCUACGGAAAUCCUCGUCCUGCUCUACCAUCUAUUACGGAGCUCUCGGGUCGAAGAACUGGUUCAAGCACAGCAUACAUUUGCAAUCUUACUAGACAUCUUCGAUGUCUGCAGAGACUCGACUAUCGUACCUGACCUCUUCGACUCUACCUCGAAAUCCAAGUCGCGACAAGAAGAGAACAUCGCUCGUGAACGUCGCUACAAAAAGGACCUUGACAAGUCGGCGACAGAGUUCCUAGGUGCGCUUUCUCUUGUUUUGCCACAGAUGGAGACCGACCAUGCAAGCAGAGCUUGGAGGCAUAUUAGAGCUGGAGAUUACCUUCGUGCGGAGGCAAGAGCUGGUGCUAUUCAGUACAUUAGAGAACAAAAAAUAUGUAUACCAGGCCAAAAUGCAAACUGGUACGAAGAGCUCCAGUUAUUGAUCGCCAGAGUCUUAAUCGGAAAUCCCUCUCAUCGAUCCGACGUUGACAUGGAAAGAGCUUUGUAUGAUGGUGAACAAGUCAGCGACGGUUUCAUCGCAGAGCAAGCGUUAUUGAGAAUGAGACAACGCAUUGAGGUGCUUCAUCUAUGCAUGGGAGCGAUUCGCAGCUGUCCUUUCCAGACUGACGAGACUGCUCAAGAACUACCUGCUACUAUGACACCUCUUGAGGCGGGCGCGCAAGCUUUGCAGAAGCUUUUGACCAUCGUUAAUUCUGAACCCACUGGUGAGGUCGUCCGAGUUUUCCUCGACGAGCUGAUUGAUCUAUGUACCAGCUCUACUGAUGGUUCCGAGCCACCCUACGCCAGUGUCAUCAUCGAGGCUCUGCUACAUAGCACUCUCACCAAUGCUCCAGCGGACAAUACUGCUGGUAGUGUCUAUUGCAAGAGCACCGAAGCCCUUCGCUCCAUCUUUGUGCAAAGUCUUGCUACAACCACCAAUGUCCCCAACCAAGUCUUCCAAGCGUUACUGCAGAUCGCAGAUUAUCGAAAGUCAGGCACAAUUUAUAUCGAGCGAUCCUCGGGAAGUGCCUACAUGGCAAGUGCUUUGUGCAAGACAGACGAAUCCUUGAGGGCCAUGUUUUCCGAGACCGACACAGACAACCAAGACCUUCGAGGCAGAUCCCGCAAGAUGCUUGAAAAGCAGCUAUGGAUGUAUCCACGAGAAGCUGAGUUAGUGGAGACGUGGCUACUUCCUGAAAACCCAACUGUUCAUAUCAAAGGAAUCGGUGGUGCACAUAACGAGCAUGACCUUGAUAUAGCAGAUUGGAUCUAUCUCAUUCACACCAAUUUACUCAAUGACAAAGACUGGGAGACUUACAGUUACGCAAUUGUUCACUUUGGCAGUCAGUUGAUCAACACGUGUCUUUUCGAGCAGAGCCAGGAAUACCUCGCUAGCUUGCGCGGCUUCUUAGCUGGUCGAGUGCGCGAGAAGGCGAGUAUGUUCGAACCGCCAAAGGAUACUGGUCUUGAUAGGGAUGAUGUCGCUCUAUGUGUUUACCACAUCCUCGAACGCCUCAUUCCGUACGCGAAAAUGCAACCACCUAGCCAGAACUAUGAGUCUAGCAGAAGGGGCGUGGACCUGGUUCGCGCGUUCCGAGCAGGAAUAGGAGAAAAUUUGUACGAAGGUACUGCUAGAUCCUGCAUUCACGCCCUCUCCCUCUGCUGUUUUGAGACGCCAGAAGCUAUUGGUACGGAGUAUCCAUCUAUCGUCACAGCUAUGAUGCAAAAAAUCUCUCAACCGCACCUGCUUGUUCAUAUUCUGGAGUUCCUGGCUCAGGUAGCUAGGUUACCUCAUUUGCACAGACACUUCAUGGACGACGAGAUCAAACAGAUAUUUGGUAUCUGUAUCAGCGCACUGAACAGGCUUCGCUCGACGGAAGUCACGAACACCAUGGAUCAAAAACGAAUUAGUGCUCAUGCCCGAACCAAAGGUGGCCUACUGACUCCAUAUCGAGCGGCGAUGCUGAAAGAGGAAGGACUUACCCAGUACUCAUGCGCUCUGGCGUAUCAUACUAUGAUAUUCUGGUUUUUGUCCAUCCCGUUACCUCGCAGGAACGAGAAGAUCAAAGACAUUAUACCACCUCUGAUCAGGACUGACCCCCAUGGACAAGGCAAUAUUGAUCAGCAGACGGUUGUCUUGAUUGACAUGAUGCAACGCACAGCCUUCUCCGACCUUGCCGAUACAGCGCGAGAUGAGAGCUUCUCCGGCGAUGAUUAUGAACGAACAACCUUUAUCGAUGGCAAUGCAAUCAUUACGAUCGAAACCCAUCGAACGAACGGUCGAUCUCAGAUUACGAAACGGCAAGCUUCUGGCACGACGCACGCUGUGUUCACGCCGUUGGUACAAGAGCUCACAUCUCAUCACGACCGCGCCUUCCGGGACUUCCCUGAUCGUGCAAGGCCAUCCCACACGUUCCUGAACAUGAUUGGGUCUGCAAUACCUAUCGCACUUCCCGAGCAACCGCUCAAGCUGAAUCCCAAUGAAUCUUAUGUGAGCCGUGGAAUGAGCGUACUAGACAGGACACCUGUUGUCGAUAGCCACGCCAUAGGUGUGAUCAUCUUGAAGAAUGGACAAAUGAAAGAGAGUGAAUAUCUUGCCAACACAACAGGAACACCUGCUUUUGAGAGCUUCCUUGACUCGAUCGGCACGAGAGUGUCUCUGCAUCCUCCUGUGCAGUUCAUACCCUUCAAUCUCAUACCUAGCAAUGAGGACGGACCAAAUGAUGGUGAUGAGACAGUGGCUUGGAGAGACAGGAUCAACGAGAUCGUGUAUCAGGUAUCAAGCUUGAUGCCAAACACAGAGGAUGAAUGGCAGACAAGGAAAAAGUCACAUCUCGGCAAUUGCAACGUGCUCAUCAUAUUCAAUCAGUCGAACAAGCCGUGGAAGUGGGAACAAUUUCAGUCACAAGUGACCAUGGUCAAUAUCGUCAUUACACCGGUCAACUGGGUCUCGAAUCAGCAGAAUUCGGAUGAUGUGGAGCACGAGUUCUUCACAGUUGAAGUACUGACGAAGGGUGAACACCAGAACAUUUCCGCAGCGGCAGAGAAGAAGGUUGUAUCUCGGACAACACUGGCUCAGCUGGUCAGGCUUCUAGCAUUGAAUGCAAAUAUUUUCUCUGGAUGUGCUAAAAAUGAGAGUAUAGGAGAUGCAGAGUUUCCUUCUGCCUGGCGUUCUAGGUUGCAGCAGAUUGUGCAACUGAAAGAACGAACACAACAACGGGUCCUCGACAACGAGGAUACAUUGGCAAAAAGGUAUGAUUUUAACAGGUGGACUUAA